UUUGGGUUAAGAAGGUUGAAUUUAAUUGUUUUAUUCCACUAAACUAUUUGUCGGAAGUAUAUGGAUAGUGUAGCCGGAACUUCUAAAAAACUGAUUAAAUUCUGCAAAAGUUUUUGAAAAAAAUCACACAAUGCUGAGUAAAACUAGAUUAUUGCGCAACGUCGGCACUCUGAGAAAAUGUUUGGCUGCUAAUGUGGAGCUUGCAAAGGCUGGCACAUUUGUAACUCCUAUUCAAAUCAGAGAAAAAGCCAGCACACCACUCAAUACAAUUAUCAUGUUUACUCCGCAGCAAGAGGCAUGGGUUGUGGAAAGGAUGGGUAAAUUCCACAGGAUCCUAGAACCUGGACUUAAUAUACUUCUUCCAGUUGUUGAUUCAGUUAAAUAUGUACAGAGUCUCAAAGAAAUUGCCAUCGAUGUCCCAAAACAAAGUGCCAUUACUUCCGACAACGUCACUUUAAACAUCGAUGGAGUAUUGUACUUGAAAAUCAACAACCCUUACCUUGCAUCUUAUGGAGUUGAAGAUCCUGAAUUCGCCAUUGUUCAGUUGGCACAAACAACCAUGAGGUCCGAGCUGGGAAAAAUAUCUUUGGAUAAAGUUUUUAGGGAAAGAGAAGGACUUAAUGUUAGUAUUGUCGAGAGUAUUAAUAAAGCUAGUGAAGCUUGGGGAAUAUCUUGUCUUCGUUACGAAAUUCGUGAUAUCAGGUUACCUGAAAGGGUGCACGAGGCUAUGCAAAUGCAAGUAGAAGCUGAAAGAAAAAAAAGAGCUGCUAUUCUUGAAUCCGAAGGUAUAAGAGCAGCGGACAUUAAUAUUGCAGAGGGUAAAAGGCAAGCAAGAAUUCUUGCUUCAGAGGCUGAGAAGCAAGAACAAAUUAACAAAGCUAGUGGUGAAGCAGAAGCUUUACUGGCAGUAGCAACAGCUAGAGCUGGUGGAUUGAAAAUUAUUGCGUCGUCCUUAGAAGGCAAACAUGGACAAGAUGCUGCAGGCCUUUCUGUCGCUCAACAGUAUAUACAAGCAUUUGAUAAAUUAGCUAGAACAAAUAACACUGUAAUCAUUCCUAGUAAUGUUGGAGAUAUUAGCAGUUUUGUCGCCCAGGCAAUGUCUAUUUAUAAGCAUGUUUCUGAUGGUCAAGUAGUUCAUCAACAAAGAAGCAUUCCUAAGCAACAAACACAAUAUGAAAUAGAAGCUUCAGAUGACAGUUAUGAAUAUUUUAGUGAUAAGGAGGAAGCUGACAGUUACAAAAGGAAAGAAAGAAAUAAGCCAACUCCGAAAUCUGUGUAGACAGUUUUUUUUAAAUUUAUUCUGUAAUGUAAUUAAAAUUAACUUUUUUUAUAUAAAAACGAUGCAAAUUAAUUUGUUAACAAUGUUUUCCUUAAACAAAUGCGAAAAAUAAAGUAUCUAUUUUUACUUUGA